CGUGGGUUCUGUCGAGUUCACCCGAGUUCACGAUCGGAGUCGAGCGGUGCAAUCGCCAUGGUAAACAGCGGCAAACAACAACAACAACCGGAAAGAAAAAUGGCGAAGAGCUUUGGGUGCUGCGGCUCCGGUAAUCGCAGGGCGAUUUUAAUCAUACCUCUUUACUCCUACACCUAACUGUGUUGCGUUAGCAACAACGUAACGCAUACCAAGUAGUCAGGACAAGCGUGGGCCCAUUAUCGGUAGUGCCGCGUCGUCGGAAGUUCUCAUCUGUGUCUUCAUCAGAGCAGACGUCAUUGUAAUACGAGCUGGGUACAUAAAUAACCAUCGUAAACCUUGUCAACGAGGCCCAUUGUGAAGGAUAUACCCGUUCAUGCGGGAAAAAGUAGCGUACUGCAAUGCCAGAUCGGAAUCGGGGCUACGGAGACGAGGAAAAGGUAUUGAGGUGUCGUCUGCGUCUGUUUGUGUGCGUGCGCAGUUUGGUGCAUUGUGAAAUGUCCUGGUGUUGUUGACCGAUGCCUUGGAGUGAAGACGCGAACACGGAUCCACUACGAUUUGUCAAAACAGGCCAUGCUCCACUCAGCCAAAAGUUGGCUGAUAAUUUUUACAUCAGGCUCUUGAACAGCUGCGAAUGGCGAGUGAGCAGGCAGAAUCAUGGGCUCAGCAACGACUCAAGGCACGGGAGGAGGAAGAAACUGAGGACUGGCAAUCGAAACUGGCAAACUGGAAAGACCGUCGAAGACAGCAGAUGCCACGAAAGAGCAUCGACGCGGGUACUCCGCCUCAUGCUGGACACACCGCAGGUGCGUCACCUGAGCAUCAACGCAUCAUCAACGCAGCACACAACUCACCUGAGAAAGGCAGUUCCCAAAUUGUUCCUCAGAAAGUCUGCGAGACACAAGGAAUGUUCCGGAAGACUACCACAGAGGGCCUGCCUUCUCCUAAGCUAGCGCAACAACAACGUUCAAAGCCGCAACCACCACCAAAACCGUAUCCAAAGCCACAGCCAAAGCAGCAGCAGCCACAGCCAAUCCAAAGAGUACAAAAUCCCGCGGACCAUCCGCCUAUCGCGAACCGAGCGGAAGAAAACGGACGGAAAGAAGAACCCGUUUACGGCCGUUCCCGGUCGGCCCGAGAAUGGGGCACCGUGUGGCAGCAGGGAAGGUGGGAAGAGAGCGCGUCGGAUAAUACUCCGCAGAAUACUUACGGCAGUAGCCCUCCGCAGUGUUCUCCCACGGUGCGCGAUACUCAAGAAGGAAGAAGUAACGGGAAUUAUGUGCACAGUGGACGCAGUUACGUGUACGGAAACGAUAUGCCGGACAGUGAACGUGGCUGUGUGACCGAAACGUCGUACGCGAGUACUUGUCACAGUACUGCGUACAACAAUGCUCGCGACAACUCGUGGAAACCCGACAACGACGGCACAGAGUAUUACGGCCAUCGAAGCGGGUACGGAGCAUCCUCCGGCAGCAGAGCGGCCGAGACUAGGAAUGACGCAUUCUUGGGGGACUACAACUGUAACGCCUACGACCACACGGUGACUACGAGCACGAGCCUGCUGUCGGAGUUCAGCUGUGAAGCCGUGCCCAGGGAAGCUCCCCGUUUGGGGGAUAACAAGUGGGGUGGCAGGACUUCCCAGCCGCCAAAGCAGGAGGACAGCCGGCCACUGCAGCAGGUUCCGGAGACCCCGGAUGACCUGCCGUUGUCAGUGAGCGGCAGGCAGCGAUGCUCGCAUUGUCGGAAAGCUCUCGGCCACGGAGCAGCUAUGGUGAUAGAGAGCCUGGGGUUGCUGUACCACCUCGAGUGCUUCCGCUGUUGUGUCUGCAGCGCGCCCCUGGGCAAUGGCCGCCGCGGAACGGACGUGCGCGUCCGCAACACCAAGCUUCACUGCUGCAACUGCUACAGCAAUGACGAAGCUGGACUGCAGCUGAGUCGGGUGUGACCCCGCUGGACCGGAAAGGGUGUCAAGCCUUUUACGAGGAACACAGAAAGUCAUCACAUGGCUCCUUUGGUAUUUUAGGCAAUGAUUUAGUCUGCAACACGGCAGAUGAUUUUUUUUUCCCAUUAGUAUUGAGCAUUUUCAUCUGUAGUCAUAUUGGAGGUAAGACAAUAACCUAUAGGUGCACACACAACCUUUCAAGCCCAAAUGUGAUGGAUACAGUAUUUCAAAGGGUUCAGAAGUUGAUACAGCGUAAUUUUUCUGAAAUUUAUGUCCGUUCCAGGAAAUAUAGUGCAGGCUAGAAAUCGUUUGGCUGGUACUGACCUAAACGCCUCAGAUGAAACAAAGCCAUUGGUGCACAGCUGGAAGACGUUUCUAAAGGUGCACCAGUGUAGAAAGCACAUGAGGCAUUAAUGAGGCAACUGGAAUUAAUCCCUGUCGUGUCAUCGGUUGUAGAUCAUUAAGCCGAUUGCUUCGAAGCUAAUUUCAAUUAGCCCGAUGUACAGCAUCAGAAGAGGGCACGUGCGUACUGCAUAACCGUGGAUAUUUAUAUACUCAUCACUAGAGUGCGGAUAAAUAACGACUAAAAACUCGCAAAAUAUGCAUGCAAGUUUGCACCAAAAAUCUUCAAAAUAUGCACAAAAAACUGCGAAUAUAUGCAAUGUUAUUCACUGUUCUUGGUAAGAAGACAAUGCAUCUAAUGCAUAUUUGUCAAAAUGUAAGCAUCAUAUUAGGGAUAACAAGGUAAAAUAAAGCGGCCUUCAUUCAGGAGCACACAACAAAGAAGGCUCGCACCAUAGGUAUAAACCAUGCAGCUGAAGGCUUUGCUUUCGGCACUACACCACGGUAACUGUAAAGAAAGUGGAGAAGGCGAAGUAUUGCCCACAGGCCAUACAAGAACAGUGAACGCACCACACCGAAACGUAGAAAACUUUCUAUUCUGACCAAAAUUUUCGAGAAAGAGGACCCAAAACAUUCCUUAAUCUUGCAAAACUGUAAUUAAAAAGAAGCUAGCUAGCUCUCGCACCUGGAAAUAUGCACUAUGCAUGCAUUUUCACGUGGAACGCGCAUUUAUAUGCACCAUAGAUCCCUUCUAGUCGGUACCAAACAACGACUAAAAGUGUUUUCAUUGUCCAGGUACGAAGCCGUACGAAGCCAUACGGAGAGAAAAAAAAAAAAAAAAUUUGCAUGAAAAUCUGCGCUCUACUCAUCACGUAGACAAUGUGUAGCAAAUUUCACGCACCAGCAACAAAGCAGAGCUGUUUAUGAACUCUUUCAAUGAUGGAACAAUGACUCAUGAACUCAUCUACAAAGGUUGUACUGUAACCAGAAGGAAAACAUUUGUAGUGCGCAUUUAUGUGUACAUACUAUGCAGAGCUCUGAACAGCUGACAUGUACAUUGAACCAAAGUUUAUGAUGGCACAACAUGGUCCGUAGUAUUACACGUAAGAAUGCCUGUGCAGGCUUAAAGUGCACAAUGUUACCAGACUGUACAGCCCUUUACUAAACGCUUUUAACCCAUUAUAUUUAGGCCAAAACUGCCGAGAGACAAUGAACUAACUACAUGCAGUCUAUUAGCUGGACGUUUUUAGAGUAGCUGUAGAAGUCAGCUGUUUUGUAACUCAUUUUACUGACUUGUUCCACGAUGAAUUUUUGUGCACAAGGGUAAAGGGGGUAUUGACAGAGUUUACAACAUUGUUGAAAUGCAUUAUGCCCAUUUGCAAAUGCACACUGAUGUUAUGUAGAGGAAUCCUGCAGUAGCAGGUUUCAAACAAGAGUAUAUACUAUGUCUUCCGUCCAAUAAAGUUGGUCACCAUCUUUUUAGGUGAGAAUCG